UGCUGAUGAAGGCGGAGGCACAUCGCAUCGGAGCUCCACUGUAACAAAACAGUGAUCGAUCUCUGCGAUUUAUUAUUAUUAUUUAGCGAUCAUGAGCAGCACACAGUCUUACAAUCGCUUCACUGAUGAAAAGUACAAAAACUGGCUGAAAACAACGGAGAGUCUUUACAUACUGAGGAGCCGCAUUCAGAACUUCAUCGAAAAGGAAACCGAAACUUAUCACAAUUCUCUUCGAAACAAUCCUAAACUCAGCAGGCAGCCCUGUGAGUCAAGAUGUAAAUACGCGAAUAAGAAUCUCUGCCAGUUGUGUGAACACUGGAAGAUUGAAAUCAUUGCCAAUCAUAAUGGGCAGGGUAAUAGUAUGCACUGGCUUAACUGCAAUCCUCAUCUGUGGCCCACAAAUAAGUGGGAAGUUGCCAAAGCACAUAUGCCUCGUGGGCAGACAAAACAUCACAAUUUUGAGCAGUUUGAUAUUGCUGCCAUCCUAAACUUAAUGAGUUUCUGUAAACAUUUCAUAAACAAGAACAUCCCAGGACAAUUUGUAAGAAACGUAAUAAAUGUACGGAACAGUGUGAUGCAUUCACCUGACUUUAAAGUGAGCAGUGACGACAUGAAAAAGCAUCACGAAACACUCUUGCAGCUGGCUGAGAAGCUUGUACCUCAUGUUCCAGAAAUGAAAGACUUGGAAAAGGAGAUAACACAGUUUUACAACAUCUUGGACAAGAAUUUUAAUAAAUCCCUGUGUGAGGUCGAUGGCCAACAGCAAGAUCUCCAAGCCAUCAAAGAUCUCCAGAAAGUUCUGGAUCGUGAGCAGCAAGCCAUGAAAGAUAGGAUUGAAGACAUUGUCUCACGCUUUGAGGGGUACCAAGAGGAAAAUGUCAAAGAAAAACCUCAGGACAUGAAGAGUCUCCUGGACUUCCUGGACCAAAACAAAGAUCUCAUGGAGACCCUGGGCCCUGAAGUCAACAAACUUAAAGAGAUGCAGGAAAGAGUUGAGGAGAAGAUCAACAAGCUGACAGGCAGAGUGGACCAACUGGAGAAAGUGAAACAUGAUUCAGUGUUUCCUGGCAACCCGCCUAAAUACAAGAAUCAUCUUUAUGAAUAUUGUCAGGCAAAGAAAUGGCCAGAUGAAAAAUUUCCUGUUUUUACAGAGGAUCAAGAAGCCCAAGGUUACAGAGGUAAAGUGACAGUGAAUGGGCAAAGUUUCACUGGCACAGUGGUGUUUAAUGACAAAAAGACGGCCCAUCAAGACGUCGCAUACAUUGCCCUCGAGCAGCUGAAAUUACAGGAAGAAAACACAGAUGAACCAUCAAGCUCUUACCCUGAGGCCUCAUCUUCAUCUUCCUCGGGAAGCACUUACUUUAGUAAAGUGAGUGUGGAUCUUAAUCGGGAAGUUACAUCUGAUAAAUGCUCUUCAAAAGAAGAAGCGACUGAAGCAGCAUAUAAGGUUCUAUGGGAAAGUUUUUGCAACAGUGCUUCAGUAGAAGGUCGGACAUACAAAUCAGUGACGAUGGAAUAUUUCAACACAAAUGGCUUCCCAAAACCAAUAGAAGAUUUUAAUGAGAGCGCAACCAUCUGCAAGCUCAAUCUUGUUGGGUCAUUCACUUUUUGUGACAAAGAUGGCUCCACCAAGAAGAAACAGGCGGAGCAACAGGCAGCUAAAGUUGCUCUGGACCAGCUAUCAAGCAUCCUCUGCUGUCCUCCAAUAUCAGAUACUGAGGAGAACUUCAAAGGUGUUCUGAAGGAGUGUCUAGACCAACCGGGUCACAAAAAUCCUGUUUAUGACACUGCUAAAAAAGCAAAGAUCAGUGAAGAGCCCAUGACCACUGACAUCAGCUCAAACGUGGUUACUUCUACAGUAUCCAUUCGUCAGGCAGAAGUAAAAGAUCUUUCAGAGUCUGAAAGCAUCUCCACAUCAGCACAAGAGUCAGUCAGCGUUCCUGUUAAUGUGCAGCCAGACCCUCCAGACUCUAGCUCUUCAGCCUCAGAGAGAAAAAAGCCCAGGAUCGAUUGUCCAGAAAACUUUUUUAGUAAAGUGAUUGUGGAUCUCAGUCAAGAAGUUGCGUCUGAUAGAUGCUCUACAAAGGAAGAAGCGACUGAAGCAGCUUAUAAGGUUUUGUGGGAAAGUUUUCACAUCAGUGCUCCAGCAGAAGGUCAGACGUACAGGACAGGGAUUGUGGAAUAUUUCAACACGCAUGAUUUACAAAAACCAACAGAAGAAUUUGUUGUUGAUGAAAACACAACCAUCUGCAAGCUCAAACUCACUGGGCCUUUCACUUUUUGUGAUAAAGAUGGCUCCUCCAGGAAGAAACUGGCAGAGCACCAAGCAGCUAAAGUUGCUCUGGACCAGCUAUCAUGGAUCCUCAGCUGUCCUCCAUUAUCAGAUACUGAGAACUUCAUAGGUCUUCUGAAGGAGCGUCUAGACCAACUGGGUUUCAGAAAUCCUGUCUAUGAAACGAAAAAGUAUAAAGCAGAGACCAGUGAAGAGCCUUUCACCAGCGGCAUGAGCCCACAGCUUUCAAACUUAUCUAUCAGUCAGGCAGCAGUGAAAGAGCUUUCAAACCUGAAAUCUGAAAGUAUCUCCACAUCAGUAAAGCUCCCAUCAGGCAAAGAACCAGUCCAUGUUCCUGUCCCUGUGCAGCCAGACCCUCCAGACUCCAGCUCUCCAGCCUCACAGAGAAAAAAGCGCAGGAUUGAGUGUCCAGAAAUCAAUGAGCUGUUUAAUGUUUACAAUCUCAAGCCACCACACGUGAAUGUGGAGAACAUGAAAUGUGAUCAGAAUGUCAAAUGUACUGUGACAAUCAACCUGGAAAAAUAUACUUUUGCUAACAAACAAGGCUACGACACCAAGAAAGAAGCUACUCGAAGAGCCUACCUGUUAUUCGGCCGUGCAAUGGAAAUUUUGGAUCCUAACUCAGAUGAAAAGAUGUGCAGUGCGGAGGUGAAGCAGCACUUUUCUCAGAGGUCUCUUACUCUUCCUCAGGAAGAUGUUGAAGGAUCUACAAAGCCAUUUUACUGCUCAUUAAAGAACAUUACUUACGAUGCAAAGUACGAUGGACAAGGGUCUUCAGAGGAUGAAGCCAAGUUACAUGCUCUCCAAAAAGCCCUAAGUUCACUAUCACCUCUUUUUGGUUAUCCUUCACUACUUGGAGCUGAUAGUCUUGAAGAGGUGCAGAAUCAGCUGAGCUCCAUGCUGAAGGGGGCUGGUCAGAGAGACCCUGUCAUUGACCUGAAGUCUGAGGAACGGGCCUGCAUCCAGCUGUCUUUUUCUGACUAUACACUGAAGUGCACAUGUAAAAGCAGCAAGAAAGCAGCUCGAAAUCAUCUGUGUGAACGCAUACUGGGUCUGCUGGGGGUAAAGACAGAAGCAAACACUGCACCUUUGAGAAACUCUGUAAAUGAGUGGUUCAUAAAGCAAAAUCAGCCACAGCCAGUGUUUGAGGACACAGAAGAGGCGCUCGGAGCAAAGGCUACUUUCUCUGUUCAGUUAACCUGCUGCAGUCCAGGCUGGGAAGACAACUGGGAAACUGCAAAGUCGAAGCUGCUUCAAGAGCUCAAGCUCAGAUUUCGGUUUCUCGCUGACAAAAACGAUUGACAUUUUUUCAUUAUUGGUCUGCGUGUCCUUGUCACCUACUGUAAUUUCAAACCUUGCUUGGAAUUUUAUCGAGUUUAAGGUGUUGCUUUUUAAGUACAAAUAUAGAUUUACAUUCUUAAAUGUAUAUUUAUUCUUAUUUCCCUGGGAUUUAAAUCAAUGGCCAUGGUAUUGAAUUGUGUAUUUUAAAGAUUUAUACCAAAUAAACCUGUUUAACAUCAGCAGAAAAUUAUAAAUCUACGAAAUGAAGAAAGAAAAGUUAUUCAUUUUUUUCCCCCCAAAAGGCACUGAUAUUACACUGAAAAUUCCUUCAAAUCGAAGUGAGAUUCAGAUUUAGGAGUUUGUUGCUUUUUAUCGCUGGAAAACUAAUUGUAAUCUACUGCUGUGCAUGUGAUUUAAGGAGAUGAGCUACAUUUUUAACAGUUUGAUUGGUCAUGUGAAUUUAUUCAAUUCACAUUUGACUGCAGAGCCAUUUUACAGUAUCAACAUUAACUUGUGUUGGAAAAUUUUGGUAUAUAUAUAUAUAUAUAUAUAUAUGAACCAGAUCUUCACAGGCUUAUAAGAGAAAAUUAACGGUGCAGUGUCUUUUGACAUCCAUUAAUUGUUUUUGAUUAAAAUUGCCACUGAACUGUUGAUUGUGCAAUUUGAAACCUGUUUACAAUGAACUACAAGAAUUGUUUACAAAAAGCUAUACUCUAUCAAAUACAGUGAGAACAGAAAAAAGCAUUAUUGGUUUAAUAAUAAUGCAAUGUAUUUCAAUAUAUAACAGUUGCUUUCUGGAAUACAUGAUUGUAAUUGGUAUGUUUGCAAUAUUUAUGUGUGUUCUGAAUAAUGACCAUUUUCCAGUACAAUACUGUAUAACUGACAUGUAUAAUUGUCAACAAAUAAAAUAAAUUAUUAUUAU